CCGCUGCCACGUCCGUGCGGCGCCUGCGGCGCAGCCGGUGUUUGACGCCGGGGCCUCGUGUUUGGACCACCUGCUGCAGCCAUGAUGCCUGUUGCAACCAUGAUGCUUGAUGACACCCCGAUGUUUGACCCAAACAUUCUGCAUGAACUCGACUGGAGCGAGAACAUGACGACAUUUUCUCCUGCUAUUUCUCCUUUAGAUCCAGGAGAUGGCUUGGUUUUGAGACCACUUUGCACAGCUGAUUUAAAUCGAGGCUUUUUUAAGGUUCUGGGUCAGCUGACUGAAACUGGAGUUGCAAGCCCAGAGCAGUUUAUCAAAACCUUUGAGCACAUGAAGAGAUCUGGAGAUUACUACGUUACUGUCGUAGAAGACACAAAUCUUGGACAGAUUGUUGCUACAGCAACGCUGGUUAUAGAACAUAAAUUCACUCACUCCUGUGCAAAGAGAGGAAGGAUAGAAGAUGUCGUAGUAAGCGGGGAGUGCAGAGGAAAGCAGCUUGGUAAACUAUUAACAUCCACCCUCACAUUGCUAAGUAAGAGACUGAACUGUUACAAAAUCACGCUUGAGUGUCUGCCAAAAAAUGUGGAUUUCUAUAAGAAGUUUGGCUAUUCGGUAUCUGAAGAAAACUACAUGUUUCAGCGGUUCUUUAACUAAGAAUUUCGAGGGUUUGGUUUUUUUUCCGUAGACUCUUGGUGGAGGAGCUUCCGCUACAAACAUUUUCUUCAUGGAAAAUUUACAGAGUUAAUUGCUGCAAAUGUAACUAUCUCUAAAAAUAAUGACCAUCAAAUGUGUAAAUCCUGGGGGGGAAAUAUUACUGACAUUUUAGAAGGGUCCUCUGGGUUAGGAAAUAAGCACUUAGAACUAAUUUUUACUACUGUUCUGUCUAAGUGAAGCUUUUGUUCUCACUAAGUUACAAAGGACUCUUGUUAAAGGGGUGGUUUUUAAUAUAAAGGUAUAUAUUUUUAUGUCAAA